AUGCCCAGUGGGUUAAGUUUCAUGCAAGCAGCAGGCGGUCAACCGCCACCAUCUUGGGAAGCGGAUUGGGAUUCGGGGUACGCCGUGCUACAAGUCGAUCCUCGCGAACUCUUCUACCACGAUCUUCAGCUUGAAGAAGGAAAGCUGUGGGUGAGCAGGCUUCAAAGUCAGUCGCUGCAAGCUCUAUACGAGGGCGGCGAGCAUGUCUACUCUGGAUGGCAAGAUGUGCCGACUUGGUAUCUGAUUACUGUUGAAGACAGAGCGCUGGCGCUUGUAGCACAGCAAGCAAUGGCGCCGAUGGCAAAAGCUGCUGGGGCAGAUAUCGUGGUUCGGGAGUUGCAAAGCGGACACUCGCCAAUGUUAAGUCGUCCUGAUGAGAUGGCUGGACUCAUCGAGGAGGCUGUCAAGGACAUGGUCAUCCCACUGCCAGCCAAGUGA